UUACAGCUCUGUUUACAGUUCACUAAAUGCUCUCAACUUCUCGAAAAGCUGGUUUUUUCCUCCUGGGAGGGGCUAACUCUACCCUCUGUGAGAAUUCCAAGGUUGUUACUGCCCUGCCCAUCUGGAAACACUUCUCCCAGUCACUCUGUAAAGGUCUGGGUGUCCUCAAGGGAGGGCUUCUGUGGCACAGCUUCUUCCCCAGGACGUGAGAUCCAGCCGCCCACCAUGAGGUUUCUAGUCGUCUCCAGUCUGCUCUGCGUCUUGCUUCUCUGCUUCUGCAUCUUCUCCGCAGAAGGAAAGAAGCAUCCUAGGCAUCCUGCCAAGCCCUUGAAAGGCAAGCCCUGCUGCUCCCCAGUUCUGGGGACCCAGAAAGGACACCGUGGGAUCUGCAAACCAUGCAAGUUCAAGCCCAAGUCCAGCAUUUGGGUAGUACCUGGGGCACUCCCACAGGUGUAGUGUUUCCAAAACAAGGCUCAGUUUCUGGCCUCCAUCCCCACCUGGCCCCUCUAGUGCUGGUAGUCAAGAUUCCACCACUGACACACGGCAGCUAUAAAUUCAGGGGCUCUGAGCCUGCUGGAGUGCAGGAUAAGAGGCAACCCAGAGAAGCUGACCAGCACUGCAGAGGCCUAGUUGUUCUAGAUACAUCUAGCCUCCAACCAUUUGUAUCCCAUGGCCCCUGAAUGAAUCCCUUUCUAUCUUUCUUAUGAGAAUCUGCUAGAAAGGUCAUACAAAUAAAUGUUAAGUAAAUAAGUAA